GUGAUCAGAGACUGGGUCAAGGGCACUACGCCAUGCUCGGUCUUUGGCUCACCGGGCUCACCGGGCUCGUGCUGUUUGAAGGAGCUGUGGGGGUCCCGACGCAGGUCCGGAUCAAGACACCAUGGACCUGCGCCACGGAGACCUGUUCUUGCACCACGUUUGAAGAGCUCAACAUGGACAGCGGUGCAACGAGUGCCGCUGCUGCAAUUCAGGCGGUGAAGUAUUGGCCAGAGCCUGUGGGCUAUCACGAAGUCUUUGCAGAUCGAAGCCGAGACCCGUACAACCAAAACUACCAGGAUAUACACUCGAGGGACCUCCCGGUGAUCCGCAACGAACUUGGUGCAAAUACGCUCCUUUUGGCUCCUUGGAGUUUCAAGCACCGUAGCCACUCACAAUUCUUGGAAACGGUGGCAGAGAACGAUCUUCGUGUCAUCCCAUCAUUUGACAUCGGUUGGUACUGGAAAGACGGGGCAUGGACUCUGCCAGAAACCCACAAGACCUUGAAGAAGGAUUUUCAUGACUUUCUACAAUAUUCAGCAGCAGUGAAGAAUGAGAAACUUUCCACACCUGACACCAUUCUCAUGUGGAACUUGGUUGGCUUGCCGUCCCCCACAUCCCUCUUGCCCACAUCAUGCGUCGCGGGGGCAACGACGAAUGUCAACAAUUUCCAGAAUUGCAUUUCAUCAACCGGGGACCUUGCGGAUGCUUUGAACGCUGUGCAAAACCUGCAAGGGAUUCUUCAAACGAUCCGAGAGACACAACAUGAAUUCCACUGUGAAGAUCCUCGACCGGGCUGUGAUGCUCGUGACGACAUGCCUGGAGCAUUCAAGUUCGAUCGGCCGUUGGCGCUGACGGUGGAGCUUGGUCCAGAGUUCUUCCUCUCGGUGCCGGCGAACGACGAAUAUCUUCGUGCUUUGGUCUUUUGGCUGGAGCGAGUGGUUGGUUGCCAUCCAAUGGCAGCGGGACAAGUGCAAGUUCCUACAUCCUUGGAGGAGAUGGCACAAUAUUGUAGCUUCAACGGGAACGGCCUCUUUGAUGCUUGGAUAUUGAAGCUGCAUGCAGUGGCAGAUGAUGUGGAAGCCAGGGCAGUUCGCCGCAUCAAAGAGCUGUUCAGCCAACCAAAACAGAAGUUGGUGGGGACCACAGUGACUUUGUCCGAUGCCUCCGGUAGCGUGAAGCCAGUGAUUUUUGAGUUCGGCUUUCCAGCGUAUGUUCAAGGCUCGAUCCAACCAGAGAAGCAACACAGAGCGUUGUACGAGGUGUGGAAUGGCGGCAAUAGCACUCCAACCUCUGGUCUCAAAGAUGCCUCUAGUCUUGGUUUCUGUAUCACAGGUGCCAUCAUUGAUGAGUGGUUGGAUGUUUGGAGUGCAGAUCAAGAGUUUGAGAACUGCAAGGCACAACUGAAAUCCAAAUUCGGCCAUUCUAGCUGUGGCCCCAUGACAGAUGCUGGACAGCUGUCUGUGGCAUACAAAGGGCUUGUUGGUCAGUUCCACACAUUUGGACAGCAUUGCAUCCAAAAGCGCUUUGAGUCUGUCGAUUCUUCAAUGCGAUUUCGUUUCGACUCAGCACCACUUUCUGGCUACGUAUCGCCAUCCGCUUGCUCUGCUGUUCUCAUGAAGCGUGGGGUGACCCUCAUUGUUUUCUACGUGGCGUGCACCCUCUUUCUUCUUGUGGGACUGAGUUCUCUGUGUUUGCUGGUUUGUCGAAGAACACGACCUGCAGGACAAGAUGGGAAGACUCCUCAGAACUGUUACAAUUUGGAGCAGCUCAUGCAAAACAGUGCCUCGCGGAAGAUCCUUGAAGAUAUUUCAUCCAUGCCUUAUGGCAAACUACUAGCAACCAAAGUUUCAGAAGCUUUGGAAGAUGGAUCCGAGGUUCCAGUUCAGUACUCGCACUUGAAAGGUUACUGUGGUUGGGGUAUCGCUAAAGUCAACGGAGCUUUCUCUUACCACCGUCUUCAGUACAACGGCCGUGGACGUGGUGCCUCUGCUGAGACCUGGGAGACGUCAGAGGCGUUCAUCCGGUGGUUGCAGGAGCAGUCCGAUCGCUCCAUGGCUGUCUAUGGCUUCACAGAUGCUGAACUGCGAAGAACGGAACUCAUCGGCAACAAGACCGUGACACGCAAACAUCUCUUGGAACUCCUGGAUACAGCAGGGAUCUUUCAAGAAGCAGAAGAAGUGACGGGAAAAGCUGAAACCACAGUCGAAUUCCUUGGAAUGCAAGUGACUCUGGCGGUGAAUCUGGCCUUUAAGGCCAAUCCGCUGUUUCUCAGCAGUGUCAUCGAGGAGAGUAUGUUCACAGCGGGCGAUGAUACAGACAUGAAAGGUUGGCUAACCAGCACAGGAACAAGCAUGAGGCACUUCCUGGCGUUGCUUGUGAACACGCACCUCUCAGUUCAGGCAGAUCGUUUGAGGCGUCAGAUCGAGCAUGAAGUUGAUGCAGUUGCAGCUGAAGAGCAACGCCGGCAGCAUCCUGAAUUGGUAGAGCAAACUUCCAUUCGCAGGCGUGCUUGCUACAACAUUUGGCGGCGCGUCCUGGAAGGAUAUCAUUCCUGGGAAGAUACUAUUGGUCAGCCGUCCCAAAGGAAGUUUGAUGACAGCAGCGUGCAUCAAUACUUUGUGGAAGCACUGAUCUCCCGGUUGUCUGGGUCCAUGGCUGAGCACCUGAUCCACUCUCCUGAAUGGCUGUCCUGCGUGCACCGCAAAGUGAUGAAGAGCCUUGACAAAUCAGAGGAUUCUGCUGGCAACCAGGUCUUCUUCUGUCAGAUGGAUUAUGCAGACAUUUGCCUACCACUCGAAGUGUUCUGUCGCAACUCCAAUAUCUUCGCACCCAAGCAAGGCAUCAAUUUUGAUGACAUCAAUGAUUGCGGACUUCUUUCCAUUGAAGGACCCCAAAUAGACAAGGUGCAAAAGACUUGGAAGGAGCCUGUCGGUCUGUGGGUUUGCUUCCACUUUGUGGUGAACUACAAAUGGGUCUUGACCAUUGCGCUCUGGCUUCUAUGGUGCGCCGUACUUUUGCACGACAGCAAAGCCUUUGAAGAUUGGGUCGGCCUGAGUAGUCGCGAGCCAACCUUGACACGCUUCACAGCGUUCAGCCUUGCCUUCAUCGAUUCGAUUUGGCUUUGUUUUCUGAUGAUUUGUGAAGUUUUUGUGUCGGACACGCCGACAAAAGCUACUAUUGGUCGAACAAACUGCAAUCGUUGCAUCCGCUUUCUGCGAGUUUGUAGAGUCAUCCCAACUCUGUUGCUUGCACUCGCAUGGGCCUACAUAUCUUGGCCGGAAGUGUUCGUUGAUUUUCUUAAACGAUACAAUGUUGAUAUGGCACAGUUUGAUGUUUUGCCAGAGAACCUUGCGAGUACGAUUUGGUAUGCUCCAGUGGCAUGGAUCGCGCUUCGCUUUGCGUAUGGGGUCACUCCGCGUUUCAAGGCGACAAAUGCAUUCCAGUUGCUGCACAUGGCAUAUUGGAAGAGGAUUGCCUUGUUCUGGACGACCUUUGCAGCUUUCUCUUUCUUGUGCAACUAUUCGAUGCUAGUAGCUUUGGUGAGAUCUUUGACUCCGUAUCAACUCUGUGCUGUGAACGAUGACGACGAAGACUUUUGCAGUACUUACACAGUGACUGUCUUUGAGUACGAUUUCUUGGUCAAGGAUGUGCGGUGUAUCGCUUGCGUGGCCACUGUAGUAGUUGCCUGGACCCUGGUGAUACUGAGCAGCUUGCUGAUGAUGUACUUCAUUUUCAACGUCUAUGUUGCGAUCGUUGGGAGUUCAGUGGGUGCAGCACGUGGUUUUGUCGAGACCAGCAUUCCAUCCCUGGAGUUUCGUGUGGAAACCGUGACUUCAGACUUUACCCAAAUGAGGAAAGCAGAGGCAAAUUGGAUGACUCACGGGUCAAUUCUCAACGCUGUCUUCGGGAAAGACUGGCAACGAGUGUGGGAAAUGAUGGUCGAUGGGCUCUAUGACGAGUGCCUCAUUGACAGCAAAAUGCGCAGCAACUUAUUGACAGCGGCCAAGACAGGUGGGUCUGUAAAACUCUCUGGCAAAGAUUCCCACAUGUUGGAUCGUGCCCGUGCCAGAAUGGGCUAUCUGUUUACAAGUCUCCGGUGCAUUCUCGGUGAUAGCAGCAUCAAUUUCAAGCCCUAUGUGCCAACUGCUGAUGCUGCUUGCGAUGCUCUUGGUGUGACUCACAAGGGCCGAAUUCCUUCAUUGACUCAGAUUGUUCCAGUCUACAGUGAGGAAGGUAUCAUGGACAUAAAGGAGCUUGUGGGAGAGCCCAAGCAAGGAGCAGUUUCAACAAUGUUGGAAUUCUUGAUUUCCCAGCUACCCCACGAAUGGGAGAUCUUUGCGCAGAACGAAGGUAUGCAUCCAACUGAGCUCUAUGAAGAUAUUGUGCAAGGUGCCUCUAAGGUUCGACAGGACAAGGUUCGGGAAUGGGCUUCUCACCGUUCACAGAGUGUGAUUCGCACUGUGAAUGGCGCAGUACAUUAUCACAGAGCUUUGAAAGUCUUGCUGACACGAGACUCGGGAAGCGCAGGAAGCCCAACGGGAAGCCCAACGGGAAGUCCUAUGGCCCCAAGCUUUGAAGACAUCCGACGUCAUGCUCAGCUGAUCAUGGCCCAUCAAACCUAUGGAAAACUGAGUUUGGGAAAAUCGCAGCAAGUGAAGAUUCAGCACGGAGUCAUCACAUCUCCAGGGCCUCAUGGUCUCCGUGCAAACGACCGAGUGCGGCUGACUUUGGAUUCUUUGAAUGCAGAAGAUGCUGUGACCAAACGAGCGAUGGACAAGAUCUGGAAGAGCCGAGCCAUGGCAAAAAUCAAGAAACGUGCCAAGACACAACAAGAAGUGGAUGCCAUUCUCAACGACGGUGUGCAAGUGCAAGCUCUAGUUGAAGCAGCAAUGUCAGAACCUGCGGACAGUCCCGAUGCUGAUAUGGUGGCGAAAGUCUCCACAGAUCAAAGCGCCGGUGGCAGUGAUGGCUCUGGCAGUCAAGGGACAAGCUCAAUGGCAAGGCACCCUGCUUUAUUGGGACGUUUGUGGGGACAAGCUCAAGUGAAGGGUUUGCAAGGUUUCCGCUCAGGGCGAUUUUACACGGUCCAAGAAGUUGUGGAUGAAAACACCGCCAUUUUGACUGAUACAUCGGUGAAUUGUGGUACCGCUCGGUUGGAGAAAGCCGAAUUGACGAAGCGUGAGCACGAUGUGCACUACAUGUUGAACAAGCACAGGGGGUGCCCAUUCUUCGUUUGCAUCGACUUUCAAAGAGGGAAAAGCCAUCCACAACUUGAAGAAAUGAUUGACACCCACAUUUGCAAGUCAGGAGGUUCUGCAUCUGGUGAACCCGAAACAUGGACAGAUAUUCGCUUCAAGCAUGCCAGUGUUCUCAUCAAGCACAACGACAGUGAAGCUGGAUCUCCUUGGCCUAUAGAGGUGGUCCAUGUCCUUCCACGCGCCAGAGGUCUUCUGAUUGGUUCCACAGGCAACCUGACACAAGGCAAAGCAGGGAACCAACUGGGUGCACUUCGUUUUGCCGAAGGUCACUUUGUGCAGAUGAUGGAUGCAAACAUGGGUUGCUACUCUGGUGAGACCUUCAAAGUUCCAGUGGUUCUGCAAGGGUUCCAUCGCUGGUCUAUUUCUGAGGGCGAUUAUGAUCAGCGUGUGAGGCUUCAAGCCCGUAUCAUCGGCUUCAGAGAGCAUAUCUUCACGAGGGAGCACGGCCUAGUGGGUCAAAUCAUGGCAGAUGCAGAGUGGACUUUUGGCACCUUGGUACAGCGUCUCUUGGAGUUCUUGACUGUGCGAAUGCACUACGGUCAUCCUGAUUUCAUGGACGCUUUUUGGGCUGCCAAUAGAGGUUCUGUGUCAAAAGCUUCUCCCCACAUCAACUUGUCAGAGGACAUCUUUGCUGGUUUGAAUGUGAAGACCAGGCAUGAGCAGUCACUACACACAGACUAUUUGGAAUGGGAAAAAGGUCGUGAAGUUCAAUUCCUUGCAGGCUCAGGCUUCUUUUGGAAGAUUGCUAGUGGAUCUGUCGGUCUACUACGUACCCGAGACUUGAGAGCCCUGUGUCAAAAUGCAUCGGUCAUGGAGACAUUUGCCCUCUACUUUGCCACAGUGGCUUGGUACAUCCACAAUGUCAUCGUGGACAUCAGCACCGAAGUCUUCUUGUUGAUUUUCAUCUACCUGACUUUGGCUUCGAAGUCAAUCUCAGACUUGGGUGAGUUGGGCUCUAUGCUAGCGGCUGAAUGGUUUCUGACACCAGCCUUCAGUGCAAUGUUGCCGGCCAUCAUUGGUCUUGGCAUUGAGUAUGGACCGUUCUGGAUGUUCAAGAACUACCUUCUGACCGCUCCCAUGUCGAUGAUUUAUUUCAUCUUCAUUAAUAAGGCCAUGUCCUCCUCAGUACGAACUACGUUCGAAGCAAACACGGCGGAGUAUGUGAACACAGGAAGACCCCACGCAAACAAGAGUUACACCUUGAUGGACGCCUUUUUGGCCUAUUGGAACUCACACUACAGACCCGCCUUGCAGAUCUUGUAUUGCAUUGUGCUGUACCGCGCUCUGAAUCAAGACGGGGCAUUGCCAUUGAUCCUGGUGUCCUUCACUGCAUUUGUCUGGAUAUUGGCACCUAUCCUAUUCCAGCCUCCAACCAAAGCUGUCUAUGAACAAGUGCGUGAGCUCGUGAGCUUCAUUGCCAAAUCACCAAGCAUUCACGAUCGUAUCGCCUCAGGCAAAGCCAGUUCAUUGUACGAAGCGGCACUUGAACAAGAAUUGAAACAGGCAAACCGAUCUUUGUCUCUUCCAAUGUUGUCGAGCAUUUUGAUUUGUGCCCUAUACCUCUUCAUGACCACUUCAAACAUUUUUGACCAAACCUGGGCACCACUCUGCGGGAUGUUUAUUCUGUUUCUCUUCCGAUCUGUUGUGCGCUUCUCUGGCAUUAAGUCAGCCGGGAUGAUCGUUAUCGCCAUUCCUUGCCUUUCGUUGUUUGUGGUUUUCGUCUCGACCUAUAUCGUGGAGAAUCCAGACUUUGGCUCACUACUGGUGGCGACAAUGAUACUCAUUCGAUUCCUGAUCACCGCUAAAUUCUUGAUUUGGUCUUUCUUUCGUUUGGUUUUGCCAAGAGGGAGCCCUCUUGGGUAUGAGCAAGUGGUGCGCUUCACCUUUGAUUUCCUCUGUAUCUACGAAUGGCACUUCUUCGGAGCAUUGGUUGUGCUUGUGCUCCAGGCGAUCUUUGCAAGCCUGCUGUGGUUAUUGGAUCGGCCUCCUCUCCGACUUCGCACUGGCUUGCUCCUGAACAAGAGGGUCUCCAGAGGAUGUGUCCGUCGAAUCUUUGGUGCACCUGAGCGUGAGUUCGAAGAAUGUCACACUGUGAAGGUGGAUUGAACUCACCCGAACAUCUGGGACUGGGUUUCUGAUUUUGGGCCAGCUUGAUCCUUAGAGAAGUGGCCUGCUCUAUAAUCAACUGCGACUGCAUGCUGUACAGUCUGUAAAAUCUGUAAACACAGUAGAGAUCAGUAGAGCGCCUUGUAAAGAGUUCUUGGCGAAUUGCAAGGACUGCAGGUUCGAUCGAAGCUAAUCGGAUUCGAUACAAACCUGGCGUCUGACGGUCAUGACUUAUAGAUUCUGUAUAGCUUGUCAGGACCGUUUGGCAAGAUAUAUAGAUACAGAAGGACUGGGCCAAGUGCGACAGGAAGCACCAUCCCAGCCUUACAGAGGCAUAAUGCUUCGAAAUGAAGCUGCGAAAGAAUCAACUUCGCAAGUUGAGUAGAGUAAGUUGAAAACCGAUUAUGGCCACAACCUGUCCUUCACGAACCUCUG